GAUCUACAUUCGAAGUUGCUUGUCACUCCCUAAUUUCAGCACGAAGUUGUUCCAAAGAAUUGGGAAACCUCAAACCUCUAAAGCAAGAAAAACAAUGGAUUCUCUGUCCUCUGUAUCUCCGUCAAUCAUGCUACCACCACCACCCCAUACUCUCAAACUUCCUCUCCACUACCUCUUUCCUCCUCGCAUUCACAAUCGCCCUUUUCUCUCUCCUCCUCUGUCUUCCGAUUCCUCGCGGCGGAAUGUUGGGGUGUUGCUAGCUAAAUCUUCCGACAACUCCGAUACCCAAUCCGGAUUCAACGGUGAUGGUAGUGACGCUGAUACUGAUGAUGUCGAGGUUGAUAAAGCUUUGCAGUUGGACGGAACUAUCCCCGGAACUUCCGAUGAGUUUGUUAAGCAGGUUUCGUCUCGUGCUUAUGAUAUUCGCCGCCAUCUUCACCAAUCACUCGAUUCCAGCAGCUAUGAUGUGCUGGAUGAUAAUCCAUGGAGGGAAACUACAAAACCUGUGUAUGUCCUAACCCAGAAGGAAAACCAACUAUGCACAAUGAAAACUCGAAGGAAUCGCAGUGAAGUUGAAAGGGAGCUUGGGUUAUUGUUUUCAAAGGGCCACAAAUUGAGCUCCGACUUUGGCAGUCAGACCAAGCAGUCAAGAAGCGGCAAGAAGUUUCAAAUGGUCGUUGAGGAUGUAAGGGAGGGAAUACUUAUAUUUGAAGACCAAAAUGAAGCGGUAAGAUACUGUGACCUAAUGCAAGGUGGUGGUCAAGGUUGUGAAGGUGUUGCUGAGAUAGAAGCGUCGUCUGUAUUCGAGCUUUGCAGAAAGUCUAGAGCUUUGGCUGUUCUGUUCCGCAGAGGCAGGACUCCACCUCAGCCUGAAAGCCUCCAACUUAAAUUGAGAGCUCGGAAGCGGUCCCUCGAAGACUAACAUGGUUCAUCUCUGCAGCAUUGUAUAGAAAGACAGACUUGAAAAUUAAACAUGUAUACACAGAUUUCACAUCUGAAUCCUACAGAACAAUAUAACAUGAUGUAGUAUAUAGUGAUUAUAAUGUAUAUAGUUACACAACUAUAAGUCAUAUAUCAAUGUAAUUAUAUUAAAUGCAAUCUUCAUCUUCAA